AUGUCCUGCUUGGAGACCUGCUACACCUCCGCCACCCUGCCCAGCAUGCUGGCCACUCUCCUCACUGAGGACACAACUAUUUCAUUUACUGGGUGUCUCACACAAUAUUAUUUCUUUUGUUCUCUGGUUGCUACAGAAUGCCUUCUCUUGUCGGUGAUGUCUUAUGAUCGGUAUGUAGCGAUAUGCAAUCCAAUGCACUAUACAGCCCGUAUGAGUGGUAGGUUACACCUCCAGCUUGCAGGUGGCUCUUGGACAGGUGGCUUCCUAUGUGGUGGCGUAAUAACAUUGUCAAUAUCACAGUUAACCUUCUGUGGUCCCAAUGGUAUUGAUCAUUUCUUUUGUGAUCUUAUCCCGCUGAUAAAUCUCUCUUGUAAUGACCCUCAGAUGAUGGAAAUGUUGAUUUUCAUACUCAGCUUGAUUUUCUCAUUGGUCCCAUUCCUGCUUACCUUGAUGUCCUACAUCUGCAUCAUCGCCACCAUCCUGAGAAUCCCGUCCACCACCGGGAGGCAAAAGGCCUUUUCCACCUGCUCCUCCCACCUCAUUGUGGUGACCAUUUAUUAUGGAACAUUGCUAAUAGUUUACAUGUUCCCAACCACUGACAUCCUCAGAGACUUCAAGAAAGUUCUCUCUGUUGUCUAUGCUGUCCUGACUCCCCUGGUAAAUCCCCUCAUUUACAGUCUGAGAAACAAAGAGGUGAAGGAAGCCCUGAGGAAAGCUUGCAGGAAAUUUGUAUUUGGACAAUGCUAA